AUGGUAACUGGUACAGCAUGAUAGUAACUGGUACAGCAUAGUAGUACACUGGUACAGCAUAGUAGUACACUGGUACAGCAUAGUAGUACACUGGUACAGCAUAGUAGUACACUGGUACAGCAUAGUAGUACACUGGUACAGUACAAAUCUCUCACUUUGCUUUUUGUCUGUUUUUUCGAUCAUGAAAAUCGUGAACAUAUUUGGCGGGAAAAAACUCGUUUAAUUGAACGAACCCUGUCAGAAAUUUCAACGUUCACUGUUGAGUGUUGUGUUCAUUAUUUGCGUCAACUCGGAAAAUUAAGAAAUCAAAAAAUCAGUAGAAUGUAAAAGAUAAAUUGUUCACAAAUUAUUCAUGCCCAUGUAAACAAAACACUUCACAGUAUUAAUCUUUGUCGCCUUAAUUUUAAUAUCUAUUCUCUUUCAUUUGUAUUUCAGUAACUAAUUCUGACAAAUGCGAGUUGCAAAAAAGCUUAGACCGGAACACAACAACUGAAGACGAAAAAAUCACUAGGGGAAAUGUAACAUCUGACCUCAACUUUCCGACGGACAAACUAGGCAAUUGUAAUCAUUUUAUUCAUGAGCCUGAAGAGCUGUCAGCAUUAUAUGACUCGAGACUUCAUUUCCCAAUUAUUUCUCCUAUGUUUGACAACAAAAUGGCAUCCAGCACAACGCAACUUAUAAAUGACAAAGACUUAAAAUUAACCGUUAACGACGAGACAGAAACGCUGACUGAAGAAGAUGACUUCGAUGGCAAAAUGCUGUCUUUACAAGCUUUGGACGAACUUGAAUCGGAUUUGAGCAAAAACAAAUAUUGCACUGAUGCAGAUGUUUUAAAUGCACUGUGUGUGUUUUCAGAAAGAGCGAGUCCUGUGAGUAACGCUGAUUUGGGAACAGAAACCACGUGUAAGUCUUAAAUCAUAUGGUUGAUUGCAAUUAUUAAUUCUGGUUAGUUUUCUUUCCACAGUAUUUACUUGUGCCAAUUGGCAGUGGAAAUGUUAUGCGGAAAACAACUUGAUUCAAUUUACAAAUUCAAAGCACAGUUAUCUUAAUCUGAUUGAGAAGAAAGCGUUUGAGAAUGUAUAAUUUUUUUAACAUAUGUAUUUUCAAAUCUAUCAUCAAAGUUAUCUAUGCUAUCUUAUUUGAGGCCUUGACACCCAUAAUUAAAACAAAAAAUAGCAGAGAACACGCCAUUUAGGUUUGUGCCAAAGACAAGUAAUAAUUUGGUCCUUGCCUACCUAAUGGGCUAUGCAGCAGCCAAUCAAAUGACUGAAAAAACAAUCGCUGGAUCUGAAGUGAAAUGCUAACUUAUAUGCGUGACCAAUAAGCGUUUGCCUUAUUUAGUAAAUAGUAAUAGCCUGAGCACCCACUUGAUAUUAAACAUUACAGGAUUUUGGGCAUCUCAAUCGAUUGAACUAAUAAUUUUGAAGGAAUUUGUAGAUGGGAAUUUGGAGAGUGAAUUUAUACAUUUAUCUUUAGACCCAGACAGAAGCAGCUGCGAAAAAUGCAACUAUAGACCCAUUGCACAUGACGUCACAGCGCCGGUGACGAUGUAUCUGCAGGACAAAUUAGCAAUCUGUGCAUGAUAUAACUUUUGUAAACUAAACAAAUUUUGUAAAAGUUUAUAAUAAUUUUGUAUUAGAAUGGUUAAUUUUUGUGCUGUAUGUGGUUGUGGUACCCGAACAGAUAUUGUUAGGGAGCAGUUUUGUGACGUCAGUGCAAUGGGUCUAUAUGCUCUCGUCGCUCUGACAGGAAUCCUCCUACGAUAAUUUUACCAGAAAACCUCUCCAGACUACAAGAAACACAUUGGCAGCAUUUUAGGUUCCUCGUAAUUAUUAUAGCAGAGUAGUUCUGCAUUUUCCAGAUGUAUUUUUUCACUCAAUGGUUACCAGCCCCCCCCCCCCCGAAUAUUUUAAAGUCUCUUUAAAGAUAGCAAAUGAAGUGAUGUAAUUUAACUGAGUUGUAGCAAAGUUACUUCAUCCAUGAAGUCUGAUAUUGUAUUUGCUAAGCAAUAAAUAUAAUAAUAAAUUUGAACCAGAAUAGGUUGAUGACAGUUCAACUUUGGCUGCAAAAAAUUGCCCAAAGAUGUUGGCAACCCAACCUCGCUUACCGUUACUCAGUGUAACGUAAUGUUCUUGUAGUUUUUGUACUGCAUGAGCAGCCAGAGCCCAGAGCCAGCCAGCAUAUUUAUACAAUAACCCUGCGAGGUGCAGCGCUCUAACCAACUGGCUACCGAGACAUAUGUUACUUGUAAUUUUUUGAAAAUUUAUACUUGAAUUAAUUUCCAUCUACUAAAUCUACUAACUACAUAACAACGUACAGCUAAUUAUUGAGUUUUCUCACCAACUCUGCAAACUAACCUUCACUCACUGCUAUUCAGCCUGUACUUGGUAUUAGUUCAGGGCUAGUUUUACAACAUAGCUUUCUAUAAUUUUAUAUCUCGCCACACCUUGCAGCUCAAUAUAGUUUCUUGGAAAAAGUCAGCAGCAUUAUUCAAUCUGAAGUGUUUCCUGACAACAGUUCUGUGAAUUCGCUGGAGUACUGGAGUGAUGAAGAGGGACAGUAUCUACCACAAAUGUCCCUUAGUCCUCUGCCUGGUGAACCGACAUUUCGCAAGACGACACAAACGGUAAAAGAACCAAAAAAAUAUGAAGAAAAAGAAUAUUUAAGAAACUUGAAAACAAGUGACUACGUUGAGGUAUUAUAAAUAUUAAUGUAACAAGCAAGUUUCGCGAUUCCUUCUCGCCCAGUUCCAUGUUGGUUAGUCUAAACCUAGGACCUUUGCUCGGCUGCCGUUCGUAGGUUUGGUCAAUUUUAGGCUAGAAUUUGGUAAGUUUGACGUCACAUACACUUUCGCCCUUCCACCGCCCCGUCCCCAAAUAGCCUGGGUCCCAAUCUUCUCACAUCAAAAAGCGCUGAAAUCAAUUAAAAAUAGAAGGCCUUAGCUUUUCUUUGCACAGUUUAUCCAGAUAGAUAAUCUGUCUCUAUAUUAUAGUUCGGAUCAAUGCAAAUUCUCUUCCCAAACCAAUCUUGCAAUCUUUUUAUUAAUUUCCACAUACGAUUCAAGUAUAAUAGGAAUAAUAUAAUAGAUAUGUAAAAAUUGAUUAUUUUGGAAUCUAAGGAUCCACUCAAAUCAGAUAAUGUACCAAGAACCCAGCUGAAGCGACCAUCCAUGAGAACCCUAAGUCCUAUAAUCUCCAAACAUUCCCCUUACCCCUCAUAUUCCCACAAGAACCAAACUGCCCCUGACGUCAUUGAAAGUACCUCACAAAACAUCAUCCCAUCAUUUCUCAUCAACUCCACCGAAAAUGUUGCAAAGUCUAUGAUGUCGUCACAGCCAUAUAACUGGAAGCCAAGAGCGCCAGAUGAUUGGGCAAUAUCGUCACCUUCACUGGUUCGACCCACCAUAGCAACACCUCCAAGGACGCGGAAAAAUAAACAGUCCAGUGCAUCGACAGAGAUCUUCGGAUUAAAUUACAGUAGCAGAAUGAAAGAAGAUAAAUUAUUUGAAACGCAAAGGUAAGGGGAAAUGUAGGGAAUAAAAUACCAUGCUUAUUAAUAGUCCAGAUGAUUCUUUAGCUCUUCAUAAUGGAAUAAGUUCAAAUCAAAUAAUAGCUACUAUUAAUAGACAACCACUGUAUAUAAGCUAUUCUGCAAUAUGAUUGGCUCUCUACUAGCAGGAUUUAGCUAAUAUCCUGCCAGUAGAAAACAAACGAUGGCACCUCAAAAAUUACCGGAGUAAGUAAAAAGUGAGUAAAACAGCAAGUUAUUCGCUUUUACUAGCAUUAAGAAAAAUUAAAACAGAAUGAAAAUACUCCCGGUAAUUGUAUAUUUAUUGUAUUCUUAUAUAAUAAUACACAUGAAAAAAUUACUCGAUUCUGAUUGGAUAAGAGGAGUGAAUUUUAUCGAAAUCCGGGGCCACUGUAAAGAAAGAUUUAUUGAAACAACGAAUAAAUUGGUUAUCUCAGAUUCAAAAUAAACCCAUUCCUUGGUUGUUUUAACCAAUCUGUUUUUACAGUGAUGAAGUGUAAUACAGUUCCAAAAAAAGAAUUGGAAAACAUUUUGAUUUACUCUAAUUGGUCAUCUGACAUUAUAUAAAAACUUGUAUUAAUAAGUAAUUGUUGUGUUAUUCAAAUGAGCGAUGAGUAAAUUCCCAUGUGUUUCACGCCAUGAAUUCAGUGCUUUUGCAUAAUCCGAUCUUUCAUGUACGUUAUUGCACUCGUGAGUUUUUCAAAGACUCAAAUUACACUCAUUUUCCCGGCAAACCGCACUCGAAACCAUAUUACCAUACUAUAACCUGUACAAAUUACUCUUAUAGAUGUUCAAUGCCAAGAAGAAAAGUAUCCCGAUCUCAGUCAAGUAACACGACAACAACGAAACUGUUUCCUGUAAUAUCAGGUAUUGCGAAGACUCAAGCAACAAGCAAGAGUAUCUCUGAUUUCAGGCAAUCUUCCAGUACGUAGACUUUAUUCUCGUAUUAAUUUUAUAAAUAUGAUUAAAACCGUUGAAAGGUCUUUGACGUGCCCAGCCCUAUUGAAACGCCUUUAGAAAAUUUAAUAUAGAUUGUAUAAUUAUUACGAUUAAGUAUUUGAAGUACACUACUCGGAAACUAUUUCUUUCAAGUCCUUCGGCUAACGCUUCUUAAUCAAAUAUGCCACUAUAAAUAUGGAUGAGGAUCUACAAACAUGCUUUUACAUGGCUUUUUAUAGGUAUAUUUGGGAAACUUGUUAAGAAAAACAUUGUAAAAGAGAAAGCAAAUGAUAAGAAAAAAGACAUUGGUAUGUAUACCCUGCCUUUGAACGAUGUAUAGGGUAUAGUGUUUUCCAUACAGUGUGAAUUACCUCAUUCAUUUUGCCUUGCAAAUUUGUAACCCCACGACUAGCUAAAUAUUUUUUUAAAUUUUAUUCCGUCUAAUGCCAAACGAACAUACUUAGUAAGUGUUAAUGGAAACAUCUCAAACUCAUUAUUGUAUUGGUGUCCCCUAGACUAUUUGCUUAAAUUGAAAUCAUAAUUACAUUCUAGUAUAUUAAUUCUACCCUGGAGCUAGCCUGCAUGGCAGGCGGUAUUUCUACGGGCAGCGAAAAUUAGGGAAGCAAAGGAAAUACCGCCUGCCAUGCAGGCUACCCUGGAGCAGGGGGUUCCUGUUUCACUGAAGCUGUAGCCUGCACUCAGGCGCCGCUGGCCAAGCUUGGAGUAGUCAAGCUUGGAUCCUAAAGGCCCAUUUACACUUGUAAUUUUUGCUGCGAUUUUCUUCUUCUGAUGCAUGGAAACGAAUAGAUGAGUUAUGAUAUUCUGAACCUAUGGUAUAGGACUAUAGCCUCAUCUGAGCAUUCAUAACUCAUCCAGUCGUUUACACCCAUCAGAAGAAGAAAAUCGUAGCAAAAAUUGCAAAUGCAAACAAGCCUGAAAACUCGCACCAGAAAACCUCUGAACCCAGAGUAAAAGUAUAUUGACGACGACGGACUUCACUGACGUGAAUAAUCGGCAAUAUCUUUCUUAGAUUCAAAUAAACAAAGCAAAGCUACGGACUCAACGUCGACAGGUUCAUCACGAAGUAAAGUAGGAGAGACAGCAAGAAGAAAGUUAAGAAGAGUUUUAAGUCUUCAUUGAAUGAAGAAACAGAAUGAACACGAUGAAACAGAAUGAACACGAGAAUGAGUGAUUAAGAAUGAUUGAGUGAAUAACAAGAAGUUAGUAGGUUUUCUGAUUGGUUUCCUGAAACAAAAGUGAUCAUUUUUUAUGAAUAUUCUUUAGAAAGAUGAUCGCCGUAGUUUCAGGGUUGGUAGGUUGAAAAAGUAGCCAAAGUAGAAUAGAAGUCACCGAAGUAAAAAUUGAAUCAACUUGCAAAACUCGGUGCUUUAUUUCAAAGUAAUCAAUACAUUUUCAAAACAUUUUUAUAAACAGUGGCGGAACUGCUAAAAAGAAGCCAAAAGGACAAUCUACCAACCCUGUAUAUGUGUGUAGUUUAUUUUCUUGUCUGACUGUUCAUAACACAUAUGGGGCAAUCCUCUAUAUAGCGAACAGGAUCAAUGUGAACAUUUUUUCAGAACAUGCUUGACUCAUAAGACAUAUAAAUAUGUAUUCCUUUAAUUAAACCAUAAAAUAAUUGCAAUCUUAAUUAAUUGUCUCUGCCAGUUUUAUCAAACAGACACGCUCUUUAUUAUUAACUUAAAACAUUACAAAUCUUAUAUAAAAAGUGUCUUAAAAAAGACUUGAAAUUACAGCUUGAUCUGCUUUAAACUUGGAGAGUUUUCCCGCCAAGAGUUUCAGAUUGUCAGUAUCAAAAUGGGAAAAGACGUUAACAUCAGUGAAAACGUUCAGGCACUUUUUUGCGCGCAAACUCUCGCACAAUGACGUCACAACAUCUUUAAGUCGACUUCGAAAUUUCUCUGGUGUCCAGUACUUUGGUUGUGGUCGCGUUUUAAAUUCAACCAAUAAUAUGGUUUGUAAAUGGUAACGUAGUAAGCGACCUCUAGUCUCCCAAGACUGGCAAACCCGCGCGCACAACCUGUCUAGGAUGUACAAACAAUGCUUGGCGCACAAAAAUUGAGGAUUGUUAAAAAUCCUGUUUUCUACAUCGUUGAAAGUGAUUCGCCAUAGGAGCUGCUGAUCUGUACAAUUUGGUUUCGCUACUAAGGAAAUCGUAUCAACAUUCGCGUCAGGCAAAUGAAAACACUUAAAAACACUCUGGAUUUUUUUGUCCAGCUUUCUGAACGGUUCCAUAGAACGACGCAUGCGUAUCAUCGGUAAAAGAUGCACGCGGAAUCUGGUGGAAGGAUCCAGACGAACGAAC